UCUCUCAUUGUUGCUGCUGCUGUUUAUUCCUCAUUCUCAUCCAUGGCUUUAUGUUGCAGACUCGUGAAGCUAAUCGGAAGCUUUCUCUUAUGGCUAAACCUCUGGAUAUUCAUGAAGUUAAGCCCACCAAACUGCCUGUUCAAAACAAGGUAGUGAUUAUCGGCAGAAGGAUUGGGAAAACAGUCCCAUCAAAGCCUCAAUCUCCACAGGUUAAUGGCUCUAAACGCAUGUUUGUUCCACCAGGACCGCCUCCAAGAGCUCUGCUGCUUCCAGCACCAUAGGCUCCGCCGCCGAGUUGUAGUUCAUAAAUUCCUUGUGGUAGAUUAUGUUACGGCAGGGAUCUUCCAAGGUUGGGCAGGUUUCCAUUUCCUACGACAUAUCCGGCACCAAAACCUCAUCCUCCAAUUGCAUUUCUUCCAGGUCCAUCACCUCCGCCACCACCACCAUCACUAUCAUCUCCACCGCCACCUUCACCUCCACCACCACCACUGUCAUUGCCACCAAAAUCGGUACCGUUCUCUAGACGAUGCCCAGGAGACGACGGACGUUGGAAGAAAGGAGGAUAUCCUAAAAUGGAACCAUGAAAGUCUUUGUUACAUUUAAUGUUAACAUCAAUGGAAAAUAAAUAAGUUUAAAUUAUUUUGGUAUGAAUA